UUUUGUGUCUUUUCUUUUGCUUCUUUGCUACCUGUCUGCUGCUAUUUUUAUGGAUGUUUAUGCUGGAUGACUAUCUUCCACACUUUAAUCUAACCUUGUCAUGUUGGGUGCUUUCAAUAAAUUGCUUGAAAGUGAGUGGGAUUCAGAUAGAUUCAAGAUCCAGAACUCAGAUGUUCUCUGCUUCUUCUUAUAAGGAGUACAGCAAUGAUAGCAAUUCAGAUUCCUCUUUUAUUCCUGACAAUGACAUGGGCACAGUACAAAAUUGUUUGCAUGCUGAUGAAGAUUAUCCUGCAGAGCAUUUCACUGAUGACAUUGAAAAGUCUGUUCAUCUUAAUAAAGAUGGCAGUAUGACAGUUGAGAUGCGAGUUCGGUUCAAGAUUAAAAAAAAGGAAACGAUAAAAUGGACCACCACUGUUUCUCAUGCUGGCACUCCAGCAGUCAUUCCAGAAGUUCAAACAUCUGAUUUAAAUAAUCUGCCAUAUAAAAAUCCCACAGAGGAGUUCAGCAUUGCUGAAAAUGAUGUCCCAAUGCAGCAAAUCUGUACAAAAAUGAUCAAUCAAAAUCCUGCAAAUCAAUUGAAAACCAGCACUUAUGACAUCUGGCAGGAUCAACUGAUGAACACAGAGUCGAGGCAGGAAAUAAAGAAUGAUCUUAAACUUAAUUUCUGUAGGCCUCCUACUCCUGGGCCUAGAAAAGUCAGACAAAAGAAAGCGUUAGUUGAAAGUGUUACAGUGGUAUCAGACACAAGUGUCCAAAAAAAAAUGGUAGGUCAAUUUUCUGUCAGUGAAGAAAUGGACAAUGGCAAAACCAAAUCUAAGCACUGUAUGAUUACUCAUGCUACCAGCCAAAUAACAAAUGUUACUCAUCCCAAAAUUAGUGGAGUAUGCAAUAACCAUACACUGAAUCAAACUCAGACUGACCAAGAGGAGAAACAAAUGUUGAGCAAAAGCACAAUUAAAAAGUCCUAUGAUCUGCCUGAAGAGGAUGUAUUAUUACAUAAUGUUUUGGAGAAAUCAGUUGUAGAGAAAGGGUUACCUAACAGUUUAACACCUGAAGGUUAUUCUAGUAUUGGACAAGGACAAUCUUUGGUAAAGAGGAAUAAUAUAUCUAUACCAUGUUUAUCUAAUAAAUGUGAUGCUGUAGAACAGGAACUAAAUUCCUUCACCAACCAAUCAGAAUGGUCUCAGUUAAAAACUAAAGAAAUUAUAUAUGACCAAUGUGAAAUACACCAUUGUUCCUCAUCAUUGCCUCCUAAAAGCAAUAAUACAAUUUGUAAAUGUUGUCCAAUGACUCCUAAGUUAACAGGAUCUGAUUAUAUUGCUUCUACGCUCUUCUCUGAUGAAAGCCAAGCUACAUCAUCUAGUGACAAAAAGAAAAAGAAGAAGAAAAAGAAUAAAUUAGAUAUAGUGAAACAAAAUGUGAGUUCCCCAAAGGACUCAUAUGACAUUUCCAUCCAAGGUACUACAGAGAAAUAUGUAAACACCUGCACAAUUCACAACACAAGAGAGAAGAUGAAUCAUUUUCCUACAGAGCUAGCAAUUUAUAAAAGAGAGCUUGCAUUUCCUGUUGGAAACUCUGACGGUGCUAUUAAAACCAUAAACACCAGAGGUGAUUUAUAUAGCCCGGUUUCAAUUAUAUCCCAGCAGAAUGAUUUAGAAGAUAACAUAAAUAAAAAUCUAAAUAGUCAGUUAUCUCGCCAAAAUAGCAAAUCUAUGAAAGCUGAAGAUCUACUAUUAAUAAAGGAUAACACAAAACAUGAAUUUGAACAGAUUGAGGAUGGGACAUGUAAAGCUCUUAAUAAAAUAGAACGACCACCUACUUCACUAAAGCCUUUAAGUGAUUCAGGAAAUGGUCAGAAGGCAGAAGAUAAAAAGGGAAAGAUUAUUUCAACUAAACUGAUAAAAUCAUCAUCAAAACACAAAGAAGUGAAAAAGAAGAAAAAAUCUGAAAGUGCCACGGGUAGUAUAGACAAGGUAUUGGAUGAAAUGAAAGCGUUGGAUACUUUGGGACAUUCAGACUUUACAAAUGAGAUUACAAAACAGUCUCUUGAAAAUUACAUUCAAACCUGGUUGCAAAAUGUAUAUCCAAAGGCUGAGAGCCCCCCCCAACACUUGGCUCCUAUAAACUCAAUUAACAAGAAAUCACAUCACCCGACAGUAAAAUCAUUCUUAGAUAAAGGAAAUAAAGAAACUGGGCGCAAUAAUAUUCCUGAAGAUCAACAGAAGAGUACGUUAAAUAAUCUCAGUGAAGUGCAAGCUUUGGAAGAAUCAUUUAAAGAAUUAUAUGAAACACACAGAGAUUGUUUAAGAAAUGUUGAUGGGAUCUUGAAAGAUGAAGACAAAUAUUUAAUGCCAUCAGAUACUCAGGAAAAAGUGAAACUUUCCUUGUGUGAUAUCAUACAUAAAUAUAAAAAAAAGCUUCAGGAAGAAACUGAUCAUACCAGAUGUAAUUCUGAAAUAAAUGCUCAAGUUGAUCCUGAAUCUGUUCCAGCUACUGAGGCGGAGAAAUAUUGCAAAAAUAGUCUUUUGCUACAUAAAUUGAAAUCAGAAAUUUUCAAUCUUGAAAAAACCAAAACUGGAUUCCUCCAAAAUUUAAAUUGUCUUUCAGAUAUUUUUUCUUCUCUCCUUGUAUCUCCUUCCAAUCUCCUGCUAGUUUGGCUUCUACUAAAUCUGAAAGAAUGUUUGCCCUUUAUAAAUAAAGAUGAGAAGGUGGGAACUAGUUGCAGUUGUUCAGAAAUCUCUAUGCUUUCGCAAUAUUUGAAACAGGUUCUGGCUAAAGAAGAAGAUGAAAAGUUAAUGACAGCUGCUUCUGACAUGCAGGAUUGCACAGCAAACUCCUUAAUAUUUUCUGGGGUGCAAUUAGAAAAACAGGAAUUAACAUAUUGCCAAGAAAAUAUUGCUCUGAUUGAAACUAAAAAUAUAUCAGGCACUGAAGAACAAAAACAGCCAAAUGAGAAUUUGAUCCUGAAUGACAGUUUAAAUUCUGGAGAAGUGUUAGAUGUGAAAGAGGUAGCAGAAGAGUUACGGAGCAGCUAUGAAGAACAGCAACCAUACAGCCACCCAGCAGAACAUUCAGAUAUGUAUGAAAUGGUUGUGAUGCAAAAUCUAAACUGCACAAAAGCACAGUCAGGAAAUGUGUUUUCAAAUGAAGACUUUCUUGAAGAAAAUGAAGCCAUUCCAUUGCAAGAACUAGAGGAAAAAAUCCCAGAUCCAUCAUUAAAUAAUGAAAAACCCAAGCUGUUUGAAGAAUUUAAUAUCCCCAUUUUCAACACUAGUGAUCAUACUAAUGGGCAGAUUUUUGAUCCAGAAUCAUCACAAUUAGAUGAUGAAGAAUUAAAUAGCUCAGAAGAGCAAAAAUAUACAACACCAACAUGUGAAAGUGAAGAUUCCGAUGAGAACCUUACUUUGACUAUUAAAAACACUACAGAUGAGAACCAUGUAGAAAAUUCUACAACGGAUAAUCUAGAGGAAAAUGAUUCUUCAGUGGAAACCUCAGAGAAAUUUUCCAUUACUUCACCACAACCUUUUGUUUAUGAAUCUAAUCAAAUUCCAAUCAAUACUGAGGAUAAGAAAUCCAGAGUGAAAUUAAUAAUAAAUAGACUUGAGUGUGGAUCUCAUUCAAAUGCUUCUUCAGAGUUGAAAAAAACCAUUGGAAGUCCUGGCACAUCUGAUUUGUCUGAUUAUCGACCAGAAACUGAUGAAAGUGACAGCAGGUCUAGGCCGUCUAGUGAUUUGUCUGAUGAAAGUACAGAUGAAGCAAUAUAUGAAAAAAGCUACAACACAGGCUAUGUAAAAAGAACUAUUGAACGUCUUUAUGGUAAAUCAGAAACUGAAUUUAAACCCAUUUCCAAGCCUUGUUCUCCAUAUAUGGGUCAGAUACUAUCCAAAGAUACAGACGUUCCCUUACAUGUCAUCACUGAUAAAAUCCCCUUGUUUGGUCAAGCUCAUAAUGGAUGGCCUGAGGAUAAAGGAGCUUCUUCAUUAAUAUCAUACAAUAAGUUUGAUUUAAAUACAAUCAGCAAUGAAUAUGCUAUUUUGCCAACUCCUGCAUUCAGCCUUAAUGGGGAAGAAACAUGUAACGCUGAUUGUUCACUGCAAAAUGCUAACCAACACAGUGAGUUUAAGGCCCAGAUUGCUGAAGAUGAAGGGAUACUGAUUGAUAAAGGAAAAUGGCUUCUUAAGGAAAACCAUUUAAUAAGAAAAUCACCCCCUGACAACAGUGGGAUGUAUGGCAAUAAGGAUACAACAUCAGCUGAUACUUUUUUUGACAAUCAUAGUAGUGACAUUCCAUAUUCUCAUUUGCAGAAUAUGGAGCUAAGGUCAGCAAUGAAAGAAAUAUCAUCUUCUGAUUUGGAAUAUAUGGCAAAGCCUUGUGACAAUGAAGGCAAUUACUUCAACAUGCCUCAUGAUAGUGAUUCAGAGCCUUUUCCCCCUGUUCCAGGUAUAAAAUGCAAUAACAGCCCAAAUCAGAGGAAGGAAUACAACACUUCUUCAGAAUGUUGCAUAGAGCUGAACAGCUAUUCCCCAGCAUUCUCAAAGGUCGAUUUUAAAUUACCUAACAAUCGAAUACACCCUCUAGAUCAAAUUACAGAUGACGCACUAGUUCGGACCCAGCCAACUAGGAACGCCACUUCAAACAGGAAUAGGCCUGAGACUCAAGAUUCUUUAGAUAGACUCCAUGCUAUUUGUGGACAACAUUGUCCCAUACUGACAGCUCUCAUAAAGCCACUGAAUGAGCAGAUUAGAGGAUGUGCUUAUCAAAAAGCAUCUGAUAUUGAGAAUCUAAUCUGGCUACCAUACUUGAUAAAUAAAUCCAUAGGGAAAGAUAAAUGUAUAAUUAAACUCAGUAAAACCCAUGAUCAGCUGAAGAUCAGCUGCAUGAAUAAGAGUUCAAUUAACAUUUUUGGAAGACAUUACACUGACAACAUCUUAGAUAUUACAAAUUUUAAUUUUAAUAAUUUUAAGUUACCUUUCUCUCUAAAUUAUCUCUAUGAUAUCACAAAUGUUAGUAAAGGAAUGUUAUUAAAGACAGAGGUAUACAAGAAUCAUGAAAGUAGCAGAAGAAAAGAUGAUGAUCUUGAUGGGAUAACUGUAGAAUACAGAAAUAAUUUAUCUAGCUAUCAAAGCACAAGAAGUAAUGCUAAUCAAUUUUUUUUGGGGGAAAGGACUUCUUCAUUAGAACAUUUUAUAGCAAGUGGUCAAAAUGAAUAUUUUCAAAGGAAUUUCAUAAAAGUGACUUACUGGGAAAUAACUGUAUAUCUGAAAGAUAGAAGUGUUCAGUCUUGGCAACUUUUAUUAAUAUUUAAACAAAAACCAUCAUUCAAGAAAAAUUAUUUCGGGUUGCUUGUUUUUCUGAGUAUUCUUACCUUUUCUGUAGAAAAUGAAGACUUUUCACCCAAGAAGUUCAGGUAAUAGUAAAAUAAAGAUAUGUUGUUUUUGUCUAUCUCAAGAUUAAAUGGCAAAACUCCAUAAUUUUAUGAGCAUUGAAGAAAAAGAGCUGUGAAUAGAUAGAUAGAUAGAUAGAUAGAU